ACACAUUUUUGUCAAUCUACUCGUGCGUCGAUAUUUAAUUUUAAACUUCAAAAUCAGUUUUGAAUUUGUUUGUGAAAAAUGGAAGGAAUGGAAGCAACUACCGACUUGUUCAUAAAUUUGAUUCAAAACAACAGAAUAAUUUACGAUAAGUCGAUGAAGGAGUUCAAAAAUACAAGGAAGAAAGAGGAAGUAUGGCAAAACAUCGCUAAUCAAAGCAGAAUGACUGUUGACAAUGCCAAAAAGAGAUACGCCUCGCUCCGCCAGAAAUAUUCUCGCGAAAAACGAAGCAGUGAAUUGAAAAGACGUUAUAAAACUGCAGUUUCAAGAAAUUGGGUCUUCUACGAGCGCCUGAAUUUUCUGGAUUCGUUUAUUCAACCAAGAUCGACGUACACAAAUGAUAAAUUUGAUGAAAAUGACGAUGACACUGAAAUGCUAAAUGAAUUUGGUACCGAAGAAACGAAUGGUGGUGAUUCGAAUGCUGUUGAGAUCGAGAUUGAAGCAGGAAUCGGUGUGGAUGAACUUGGAGGCCUAGCUACCGAUGAUGGUCUGAAUACGUGCGUACAGCUUGAAACAACGCAGCAUGAGCAGAGCGAUAUCGAUCAACAGCAAACAGACGGGAAUAUUUUUAACUGCCAUGAACGGAUUGCCUCGGAAUAUUCUCGAAACGAGUCAACAUUCCAUCAUCAUCAAUCUUCAGUUGUACUGCGUACUAUAUCACGGGAUGAUAGAAAUGAUACCAACAUUGGUGAUACUGCAGCACAACAAUCAUCUGAAAAUGUCGAACAAAUUGUGGAUGCCAAUGUUGUGGACAUGGACAGCUAUAUGUCACCUCAUCCAGGUACCAGUUCAUCGAUUGGAAACAUUACAGUGCCACCGUAUGCCUCACGCUGCUACGACCCAAAGACUGGUGAAAUCGUAAUUGCACGAACAGUUAACCGUCCCAGAAUUCAGAUGACGUCUAACGAUGUCCCCAACUCUUCCCAGCGACAGCAAUCAUCAUCAAUCCAAAAAAACACAACAACUUCAACGCAACAUCCUGCAGCAUCCUCAGCAGCAACUACAAUCCGUUCAAGUCAAUCAGCGAGAAGCUCAACUAUCGCUCCAAAUAUCGCCCGAGUUGCCCAGUUGACAUCAGCUUCAGCGUCCAAAAAUGAGAAACGAAUUGACGAAAUUCGUCAAAGAAUGGAAAGUUGCUUGACGGCAAUUACCAACAAAGUCACUGACAAGGCACAGAAGUCACCCCAUGGUCCGUUUCUAUCAUAUUUGGGAACAAGAUUGCCAUCCGUUCCGAAGGAGCGACUUCCAAAAUUGGAACGUGAAAUUUUAGAUCUUGUCGAGCAAUACGUGCCAUAAUAUUUUUAUUUGAUAAUUCAAAUCCAGUACGAGUAGUCAAGGGUUUGUUUCAAAAAACAUCGAAUGAUGCCAAAAAAGUAAACAAUGAUUUCACAUUUGUAAAUAGUUCUGAUCAUAUGGGCCAGUCAAAAAGGUAAACAAUGAUUUCAUAUUUUGUAAAUAGUUCUGAUAAUAUGGGUAAAUAAAAUAGCAUGAAAUCUGACAAGAGAGAUCUAUUUAUACCACGACAGUGAAAAAUGCCCUAGAUGGAACAUGAAUCUAUCGCUUAAAAAAUGUAAACAAAAAACUGAAUAGUUAACAACGGAACGGCUUUCACAAAACAUUCUUGAGAUAAUUUGCAUACGUAUUUCUGGCGGCACUAGCGUAUUCACUUGAGUCAGCAGCGGCCAGCUGGAGACCCGAUUCGUAAAAGCUUCGAAGCGACUCAUUCGAGGAAUAUUUGCAUCUGUCUUCGCGCAUGUACCGGAUUGCUGCUGGGUCGUCAAAGGAUUUUAUGUAAUUGUGCAGAACGAUUGUGGCCUUCAGAAUUUUAUCUAUAUUGUCCGGAUGCAUCUCAAUCGGUCCUUUAAAUAUUUGCCAUCGUCGCACCAAAAUAGCAAAUGCAUUUUCAAUAAU